AUGGAGGAAACAGCUUGCAAUUCAUGCUUCCAUGGAAGUAACCGCACAGUAGCUAGUUUUCUGACUCUUGUGUCAUUUUAUUUGCCUCCAAAUCCAAAGGCGUGUUUGGUGAAGGCUGUGGCGGUGAUCGGAAUAGCACAGAAAGAUCUCAUUCAUUCCAUUUUGAAGCGCUUUUGGACACUGCGAACCCUUGAGCGGGAAAAUGUUGAACCUAACGACGCUCCGGAUUCCGAGGUAGGAGUUGGAACAUCCAAGAAGAGUCGCACAACUUCUGCUAAUGGCAAUACUCUGAAGCUUACCUGUGAACUUCUCCGGCUAUUUAUCACAGAGGCUGUUCAACGUGCUGCUGCUGUUGCAGAAGCGGAGGGUGCUAGUGAAAUAGAGCCAACUCAUCUUGAGAUUAUUCUUCCUCAGUUACUAUUAGAUUUCUAAUUCAUUUGAAAUCCUUAUAUGCAAUUUCUACUUCCCCGCAUCAUCAAUUUAGUAGAAAGGACAUUAAGAUUGGUUGGUCUGAAGAUGUCGUAUACAACUAAUUCUUUCCAGGGACAUUUAAAGGGAUGAAAACUGACUAUUGAAGUUGUUCCUUCA